AUGAUUAAAUUAAUUCUAAAUAUUUUUCUUUUAACAACAAUAUUUUCUUUUAUUUAUUGUCAAGAAACGGAGCCUCCUUGUGAAGAAAAUGGCAAUUCUUCUGAUCAAACAACAGAUACACCAUCUGUAACAAAGAAAGUUAUUCCUCCAUUUGACUUUAUUUUCCCCAAAAGAACUCCCCCACCAAACUUUUGCCAUGAUGAAUUAAAUGAAGAAUAUUUUGAUUGUAUUGGAUUAUGCCCUCAAUAUAAACAUUUUAGAGAUAAAAAUUGUGAGGAUGUAGCUAAAGAAGAACAACAGAAGCAUAUAACCACAACAGAAUCCCUUUUAUCGAAAAAACUUCAUCAUCUGUGUUUUUCUCUUCGUUGCUUUCCUGGCUGCCGAUGCAAGGAAGGUCUUGUUCGAGAAUUUUAUGGGAAGAAUGCAACGUGUAUUUUACCUGAAAAAUGCAAAGAUGUUACAGUAACAACAACUACUGAAAAAAAUUGCGAGGAGAAUGGAAAUAAUUGA